UUGUCUUAAACAUAUUUUCUUGCUGGGGUUCUGAUUAAUAAGCUAUCAAGAGUUAUGGGUGAUCCAGCUUCAAUUUUUGUGCAGCCUCUAGUGAGUAAUAUCAUUGACCCUGCUGGGUCCUUGAUCAAGGAAGGGUUUCUUGCAAUCCAGGGUGUCAAGAAGGUAGAAAAGCUGUCAAGCAAUCUAAUCACCAUCCAAGCUGUGCUUAAAGACGCAGAGGAGAGGCAACUGGAUGAACCACCUGUGAAACACUGGCUAUCAAAGCUAAAAAAUGCAGCUUGUGACAUAGAGGACAUACUGGAAACCUAUGCACAGACAGAAACUUUCCUUUGGAAGAGAAAGCAGCAGGUACGCAAUUUCCGACCUCCAUUCAGUCUAAGCGAGGUCCACUUUAAAUCCAUGAUUGCGCAUAAGAUCAUCGAAAUUUCAGCGGAAUUUGCUGCAAUUGCUGAAGAGAAAAACAAAUUCCAUCUCAACAUAAUUAGUGAUUAUGGAAGGUCCCAAAACCUUCCGGACACCACUUUCUUUUUGAACACAAUGAAUGUCAUUCGCAGAGAAUCUGAUAAACAAACAUUAAUAAAUCUGAUGCUAUCAAAUGAAUUUGAUAUGGAAGUUGAUGUUUCUGUGAUUCCUAUUGUGGGGAUGGGAGGCUUAGGCAAAACAAUUCUAGCUCAACUUAUCUUCCAUGAUGAGAGAGUAAAGAAUCAUUUUGAUUUUAGGAUGUGGGUCUGUGUCACAGUUAAGUUCAAUUAUAGAAGGAUACUCAAGGAAAUGAUAAAAUUUCUCACAGAAGUGGAGUAUUCUAACGAGUUGGACACAAGCCGACUAGAGGAGCAGUUUCUAAAAUUCUUGUUUGGGAAAAACUUUCUGCUUGUUUUAGAUGAUGUUUGGACUGAAGAUUACCGAGAAUGGAAGCCACUUCAAAACCUUUCGAAACAAGGAGGUAAGGGCAGUAGUGUUUUGGUCACCACUCGAAUCACCAAAGUGUCAGACAUUAAGGGAACACAACCUCCUUACAGAUUGGAAUAUUUGCCCGAGGAUGAAUGUUGGUCAUUGUUUAAAAAAAUUGCUUUCGAAGACUAUAGUUCAUUGGGUGGCACACAUGCAGAAUUGGAAAACCUUGAUAGGAAAAUUGUAUGGAAGUGUAGCGGCUUGCCAUUGGCAGUACAGGCAGUGGGAGGUCUCCUGCCUGAUAAUGUUGAUGUAAACAAAUGGAAGAAAAUCUUAAGACACAAUAUAUUUGAGCUAGAGGAGGGGAAUUUUGACAGGCCUAAAAUUCUGCCUGCCUUGAAAUUGAGUUAUGACCACCUACCUUCUAAUCUGAAGCAGUGUUUUGCAUAUUGCUUCUUAUUUCCAAAGGCCUAUGUUUUUGAUAGAAAGGAGUUGGUCAAGCUUUGGAUGGCUGAAGCAUUCAUUCAAUCAAAUGCACAACAAAGUUUAGAGGAGGCAGGAAUUGAAUGUUUUGAUGAAUUGCUAACAAGGUCUUUCUUUCAAAUUUUAAACAUAAACAAGAAGGUGGGAUAUACUAUGCAUGACCUUAUUCAUGACUUGGCUCUAUCAGUUUCAACCUCCCAAUGCUGCCAAGUCGAGUAUGGAAAAUUAGGCAUUUUCUGUGAAGAAACUCGUCAUGUUUUGUGA